ACACUCUCUCUGUAUAAGCAAUUGCAAAACAAGAAGAGGAAGAAAAUGAAGAUAAUGUGAAAUGUAACGCAUACCGUACGAAGGAAAAAUCGAGUCCCCGUGUCGUGCUGCUAAUUUUCUCCAGGUGUUUGCCCGUUUUUCCCGCAACGCACAGCUCACGCACGCUUCGGGCACGAGUUUCCAGCCAGCGAGUGUGCCCGUGUGGUGUCUGUGUUCCAGCUUCCCAAAUGGUACGGAUGGUCGCAGGAACAACCCAACCCGUCACCCUGCUCCGCAUCGUUGGUCGACGACCGUGGCCGUGCCUCUCGCUUCAGUUCUAGAUGGAGUGUUCGCCGCCGUCUUUGUGGAGCGCAAGGUGGUUUUCAGUUCGCAAGUGUCAUUAAACCAAACACGUGUGACGGCACGAUUGUCUGCACUCAUCCAACACCCGGUGCAAAACGCCAGUACCAGUGCAAUGUGAACGUGCUCGAUGCGUAAGGAUAAAAUCCUGCAAAAUCCUUAAAUGGCGCAACAGCGAUAGAAAUUAAGCGUUGGCUUUAAAGUGCAUUUUCCCUCUACGUGUGUGUGUGUGCGUGUGUGUUGCUCUGCAUUGGUGCAUUUAUGUUGUGUUACUUUUAUUUACUAUUUAUUUCUCUUACCCACCCAUCCCCCCGUUCCCGUUACCAAUUGCGGCCACUACUGCGAUCCUGCUUCAGUUCGCCUAGAUGUGGUCUUUUGCUUGAUUGUGGUUUAACCGUUAAAGUGUCCGUUUGGUCCGCCAUUUACGUGUGAAUCGUGUGUGCGCGAGUUCGCGACCGUUGCUUCCCUCGUGGUGGGUGUAUUUUAAGUGUUCGCUUCCGUUUUGCAUUUCGAUGGGAGAAAUCAGUUCCCCGCGUGGUGUACAUGUGCGCUGUCGGUUGGUGUGAGCGAGCGUCGUCACUCGGUGGAGUUUAUCGUGGAGUGCGUGUUGCGAAUUAAAUUAUAGAGUAAAGUAUUUAAAGUGUAUUGAAAAGGCGCACAAAAAGCUGGCCAGUAAGGAGUGUACCAGUGGAGCAAUAAAGUUGUGAAGCUGCUUUUGCUAUAAUAGUGUUGCGAGUGAAGGGAAAUAAUUGCUGCAAGAGGAGUGUGCCGGAGUGCAAGAAAUAAAACCAAAGGGCGUUUGCUUGCAACAUUUCGUCCCUUAUUUAUUGAAAGGAGUGUGUAGCAUAAUACAUAUCCCGCUUGAAAAUCGUCCAUCGACGAGAGCAUCAUCUGCGGCAAAACAUGUCCAGCGAAGAGGAUAAACCUCCGGCACCGCCCGUGCGGUUGACGAGCAAUCGGGGUGGCGCUGGCGGCGGUGGUGGUGUCAUUGGUGGCGGUGGAGGCAGCUCUGGAGUGAUCGAUCGAAUCGAUGGUGUCGCUCCGGUGGAUAUGAAGCCGUUGCCAAAAGAACCAGAAGAUGCCGACCGGAAGAAGAAAACGCUCAAAAACAAGAUCAAGGUAUCGAAGGCGUCCCACAACGACUCGAAGCCGAAUAUAUCCUAUCCGACCAACUUCGAGCAUACGGUGCACGUGGGUUUCGAUGCCGUGACCGGAGAAUUUACGCUGCCUUUGAAAGGUAUGCCAGAGCAAUGGGCGCUGAUGCUGAAGAACUCGAACAUUAGCAAGCAGGAGCAGAAGAAAAACCCGCAAGCCGUGCUGGACGUGCUGAACUUCUUCGACAACAGCAACAAGCAACGGCCGAGCUCGAAAUAUAUGACCCAUGGGCUGCACACGACAACGCACUCGGCAUCGUCCAUAGGGUCGUCGCUGAGCCGGGUCAGCAGCAGCAGCCCGAGCAGCACGCCAACCGACUCGGAAUCGCACGGCGGCCCCGGGGCGCAGAUCAUCUCGAGCAGCCAUUCGCAAGCGUACAGCCUGGGGCUGUCGUCGCACAAUUCGGCCGGCGAUCAUGACAGCGACGAUCUGGGCAUACUCAGCGGCAGCGCCAGCGGUAGCAUCAGCGGCAACGGCAUCCCACCGCCCAUCGCCAGCCGCCCGGAACGGACCAAAUCAAUCUAUACACGCCCGAUCGAUGAUCCGAUCUCACCGCCAAUACCUCCACACUUGAGUGCCGGUGCGACACACCACCAACACCACCACCACCAUCAGUCGGUGGGCAGUCACGGGUCCGUGCGCAGCCCGACGCAAUUCGACAAGAACAAGAACUCGGUGAACGCCGCGUCCGCACAAACGAUCAGCAGCCUGGCGGCGGCAGCGGGCGGUGCCGUGAUCGCGCCAGGCCAACCGCUGCCCCAGCAUUUGCACCAUCACCAUCAACACCAAGCUGCCAACAAUGGCCUCAGCAGUGGUGACAGCACCGGCACCUCGGUGGUGCUGCCAGCGUCGGCCGCCGCCGCGGCCGCCACCACCCCGAACAACGUCAACAACGGCGGUACCGGGAACCUCAACACGGCGGCAGCAGCGGCGACGACCGGCCCGACGACGACACAGCAGCGUGCCGCCAACCUGAAGAAGAAGAAAAUGUCGGACGAGGAGAUACUGGAGAAGCUGCGCACGAUCGUGAGCGUCGGCGACCCGAAGCGAAAGUACAACAAGAUGGAGAAGAUCGGGCAGGGCGCGUCCGGCACGGUCUACACCGCGAUCGAAAGCUCCACCGGCAUGGAGGUGGCGAUCAAGCAGAUGAACCUCAGCCAGCAGCCGAAGAAGGAGCUGAUCAUCAACGAGAUACUGGUGAUGCGGGAGAACAAGCACCCGAACGUGGUCAACUACCUGGACAGCUACCUCGUGUCGGAGGAGCUGUGGGUCGUGAUGGAGUAUCUGCCGGGCGGGUCGCUCACGGACGUGGUGACGGAGACGUGUAUGGACGAGGGCCAGAUAGCGGCCGUCUGCCGGGAGGUGCUGCAGGCGCUCGAGUUCCUGCACAGCAACCAGGUGAUCCAUCGGGACAUCAAGAGCGACAACAUACUGCUCGGGCUGGACGGUAGCGUGAAGCUGACCGAUUUUGGCUUCUGCGCCCAGAUCUCGCCGGAACAGUCGAAGCGCACGACGAUGGUCGGCACACCGUACUGGAUGGCGCCGGAGGUGGUUACCCGAAAGCAGUAUGGACCGAAGGUCGAUCUCUGGUCACUCGGCAUCAUGGCGAUCGAAAUGAUCGAGGGUGAGCCGCCGUACCUUAACGAGAAUCCGCUCCGUGCGCUCUACCUGAUUGCGACGCACGGCAAGCCCGAGAUCAAGGAGAAGGAGAAGCUUAGCACCGUCUUUCAGGACUUCCUUGACCAGUGUCUCGAGGUGGACGUAGAUCAGCGCGCGACCGCGUACGAGCUACUAAGGCAUCCCUUCCUGAAGCUUGCCCGACCACUCGCCAGCCUAACGCCACUCAUUAUGGCCGCUAAGGAAGCGACCAAGGGCCACUGAAAGCGGGCGGACGUCGUGCUACCAUCGGGCACCGCUGGAACCGACGAUACUGAUGGGCCGCCCGGCGGCACCGCGGCUGACGACGGCGGAGGUAUUAGUAGUAGUAGCAGUAGUAGUGGUGCGAUCGCUUCUGCCAGUAUUCCUUCGCCGCUUCCUGCUGCCCGCAGCGGGGCAAAGGACUGUUGUGCCGCCGGUGGCAGCAGCAGCAGCAGCAGCGAGACAACACGUGAUAAACCCAGUAUGGCCAACGUACUGUUGCCGUCCAUCGAUAACAGCAGCUGCUGCUAGAGCGCGUUUGUGCACGUUGUAUGGAACAGAUCUUUCCGGGAGUGCACGUGAAGGGUUAAAGGAAGGGAAUACGCAGAUCAGGCCGCGGAAGAUUCAGAGGGAGAGAGAGAGAGGAAGAGAGUGAAAGAGAGACACACACGAUGGUUUGUACAUAGUAAAAAAAUGAAUUCAGAUGGCAGCAAAGGAUGCGCGACGCAACGGGAAACUGCGAGACAAACAAUACAACAACAACAACACUAUUUCGUAAGCGCAAACGAGGAAACGCAAAAGGUGAACAAAGUAAACCUAGCGUAGUCAAACAAAAAAACAAGAAAAGCAAAUACUUUUAGUGUUUGAGCAUUAAGCAUUAACAAACAAACAAGAAAAAAAGAAGACUAAUAUUUAAUACAUAGACAAUUUAAGAGUUAAAGAGCAACAAAGCAGCAGCAACAACAUUGUCGGUGGAUCGAAAUGGCAGAAAAAAGUCAAACGAAACGGAGAGAUAGAUGGGUAGCAUUGCGAAACACAAUAAGGACGGGAAACAAGCAAUGUGGAUCGUACAUGAGAACAAAAAAUAAGGAAAUAACAAAUACACUACACCAUUGCAAACAACGCGAGCCUGCUCCCAUUGCGGAAGCGCAUAGUGAUAGCAUUGAUAAGCUAACCUACAACGUGUGCAACGUGUAAGAAAACAGUACAGGCAACAAAGAAAACAAACCCCUCCCUUACAGCAUUAAUGUUGGUAGCACGCAAAAACAGGUGAAAACAGAUUACGCCAACAUACACACAUACACGCACACAAGUACACUCCUAAAACAUAUAAGCUUAAACUUGUUGAGGUGGUCAAGAGAAACUAAUUUUGAAGAAAGAAAAAAAAACCAAUCGACUCUCCAUUGUAUAGUGUAUAUAAAUAGUACAAAAAACAGGCAAGCAAGAUAAAAACAAAUAAACCAAUAAAGAAACAAAAUCUAAACAAUGCGCAAAAAAUGUGGAACACAUGUAUUUGCUACACACAAAACAGCGUGAAUGGCUUAAUAUAGAAGAAGAGAAAUUAAAUGCAUAAUUAAAGUGAAUGGAUCGAAUGCAAUGAGAAACUAUAACAGUAAAGUAGUACUACAAAAACAAGCAAACGCAAGAAACUAUACCACGUUAAAGAU